CUUUCCCAGCAGAAGAAAGGAUGUGGAGUGAGCUACUGCCUCCUGGCCUAAAUGAAAGUGAUAUUGAGUCCAAUUCUGAAGAUGAAGCCAUACCUCAGAACUCCAAGUUUAACGUACAAGCAGUUAAGGAGGAUGGGACCAGUAGGAAACCAGAUUCCUCAGAGUUCCCGGAAGAUGGGUCAGAAACUAAGCCCGGGGUCCAAGCAAAUGCAUAUGAAGAGUGCCCUUCUGGAAUUCCCAUAAAUAUGUGGAAUACAUUUCAAGAAUUGCAUAAAAAACAUUCUGAACAGAAAACUUCAGCCUCAAGAUUCAGAGGGAGAAAAAGAAAGCACUCCAGAAAAGAGAAGUUGAAGAAUGAAAAAGAAUUUCAUAGUGAACAGUCCUCAAAUGAAGCCCAAUGGAAGGAGCUUACUCAGUAUUUUGGAGCCAAUGAUAGAUUUGAACCUCCUGUAAAAAAGGAAAAGGUUGAAAAGUCAGGUCUCAAAAAGGGGAUAGGCCAGGCUGUGGAGGAGUGGGAUGUUGAGAAGGCUGAGGACCUCAGCAACCAGCUAGCUAUGCAAGAGCUUGGUGUAAAAAUUGCCGAAAGGGUAAUUGCCUGCCACAAGUUUGUAGAAACCAAAAAGGAAGCUGAAAAUUCACAGGCUGCUCAAAAGAAAAAGAAGCUGGCAUGGGGGUUUGAAGCAAAGAAGAGAUGGGAAAACAAAAGCAACAUGGGAUAUAUGUAACCUUGCAGACCUCAGAACACUUAACAGACUCAUGUGCUCACAUUAACAAGACUUUCCUGCUUAAAUGUGUUCAAAAUUGAUAGAUGUAAGAAAUUGAAGUAGAAAAAUGUGCAUAAAACUUAGGAGUUGAUUAUCAACUGUUGGACUUUUUCUAAGGAGUUUAUACUUGAAAUGAAUAUUUUUGUUAUUUGUGUAAGAAAUCUAAGCAUACACAGAGGGGAAAAGUAUGGGAUUUUUCUAAAAUCAAUGUGUUUUCCAUUUGUUUGGUAUAGUGAAGCCUGUGAGGUCCUUGGACCUUCUUAUCUGUUCUAGGCAUGACUACACUGUUUCUGGAAUCAUGGUUUUAAGAUUGUGACAGCUUUUACAAAUAACUUAAUGUCAUGAAAACAAUUAUUGAUCCCUUAUUGGCAGCAGUAGAAUUUAUAUUUUUAUGGU